CUUACGUCACUUUUUGAUGGCGUCCUUGUUCCUCACGUGUAGCACAAACCAUCACAACAUUUAGCAUCUUAGCAAAUUUAAAUUAAUUUUAGGUUUCUGACACACACACAGCGACAACCAUGAGCUCCAGCUGUCGAAGACCUGAACACACAGCUCCCCCGGAAGUGUUCUACAAUGAAGAGGAGGCAAAGAAAUACUCCCAGAACUCUCGAAUGAUUGAGAUCCAGACUCAGAUGUCAGAGAGAGCCGUAGAGCUUUUAAACCUGCCAGAGGGAGAGCCGUGUUUCCUGUUAGAUGUGGGGUGUGGCUCUGGUCUCAGUGGAGACUACCUGUCAGAGGAGGGGCACUACUGGGUUGGAGUUGACAUCAGCACAGCAAUGCUCGAUGUUGCUCUGGACAGAGAAGUAGAGGGAGACCUCAUAGUGGGGGAUAUGGGACAGGGGAUGCCCUUUCGGCCUGGCACCUUUGAUGGCUGCAUUAGUAUCUCGGCCCUGCAGUGGCUCUGUAACGCCGACAAAAGAUCACACAGUCCUCCAAAGAGACUCUAUACCUUCUUUAGUACUCUUUAUUCCUGUCUGUCACGAGGCUCGCGUGCAGUUUUUCAGCUUUAUCCAGAGAAUUCAGAACAGCUUGAACUGAUCACAACACAGGCCAUGAGAGCAGGCUUCGGUGGAGGAAUGGUGGUGGAUUACCCAAACAGUAGCAAGGCUAAGAAGUUUUUCCUGUGUCUGUUUGCUGGAUUCUCAGGAGCUCUUCCCAAAGGUCUAGGAACAGAAACAUCAGACAGAGCUGUACCGAACCAGGUCCAGUUUUCAGGACAGAGAUGCCGCUUUAAGAACAUGAAGGGGAAAUCAUUGAAGAAGGGACGAGAUUGGAUCUUAGAGAAGAAAGAGCGGAGGAGAAGACAAGGACGGGAGGUUCGAGCAGACACAAAAUACACCGGACGUCAGAGAAGACCCCAUUUCUAGCUGUGACUCAUGCAGCCCUGCUUUCAUUAACUCCCGUCUGCACACCAUCACCUCUGAAAGUGUUUGGACUCAGCUCUUUUUCAGCAUUUUAAUUCAAGUAAAUGAGACGCAAGAGUAAAACGCCAUUAUGGACAAUUAUUUUGCAAUUCAUUCACAGUGUUGUACAAGGAAUUCCUCAUGAAUGAUGUCAGCUGAAGGAUACAUUGACAGUAAUCUGUGCUGCUUACUGGGGACACUGCACAGUGGGGACAGAAGAGAAUUAAAACAAUUUUUAUCAGUUA